UUGUGCAAUGUUUGCAAGGCUGGUUUGGUUCCUCAAGCUUUACCUGCUCGGGGUGUUUACUGCUGUUCGCUGACAAGACCCAAUAUAGGAAAGGAAGCAGUUUUGAUUUGUGUGUUUCUCUAAAUCGCCGUGACGCCUUUAGCAACAUGCUGGUGUUUAGUGUGCGCCUGUAUGUGGCUCUAAUUGGAAGCACUGCUCUUGAGAUUAUAUCAGCUGUAGCUCUUUCAGUGACUCAAGAAUGAACAUGUAUCCUGUGGAAUAAUGGCGAUUAGUCAAAGUAAAGGAAGUUGAUCUUAGCUGACAAAUACGAUGGAUAAUCGACGGAAAAAGAAGCUGACAUUCUUCACCAUCGGGCUUAUGUUUCUGCUGAGCGGGAUCGAAUAUGCUGUGAUAUUGCCCACAAUAUGGAGGUACUUGCAGACUUUGAACGCAGCACCGUACUUUCUGGGUUUGGCCCUGUCUGCAUUCAGCCUCAGUGGUCUCCUGUCAGGUCCGCUGUUUGGCCAUUGGUCUGACAGAACAGGAACUACAAAGAAGAUCAUCUUGUUUGCCAACCUUUUUGAGAUAGUUGGUAAUUUCAUGUACUUUAUGGGUUUCUCCAAAUGGCUGUUACUGUCAAGCAGACUGGUGGCAGGCAUUGGCACGGGUGCUGGCUCAGCUAUCUUUGGCUUCCUGACCAGAAGCACUUCCCCUGAGGAUCGAGCAACAGUGUUUGCGGCUGUCAUGGCAUGUCGACAAGCUGGCCUCCUGAUUGGUCCAGCAUUUAACAUUUUCCUGAGGCUGUGUGAUUUCAGUAUGGGCCCUUUUGUGGUCAAUAAAUAUACUUCACCAGGGUUGUUUAUGUGCCUACUGUGGCUUCUCCUUCAACUGGUAGUGAUCUUCAUGUACUGGGAUCUACCACCUCUAGAUAGAGGAAAGGCCAAUGUGAAUUCAACAAGUCAUAACAAAGAGGAGGAGAGUGAGCAAGGGCUUGCAGAAGAUGAGAACGAUGAGGAAAAGCCACUCAUGCACUCCCAGGAACUGAUGGGCUCCUACGGCUCAGUGGUGACAAGUAACUCCCAGUUAAACAACAACUGUGCCGUCUCCAGUGCCACACUCAAUCAUAUUUCUCCACCCCUCUCUCCUGAGCCAACCGAGCCCAAUGAGUCCUCCAACCCCUUUAAGAAUUUCAGUAUAUCAAGAGAGUUCCUGAGAGAAGAGGUGGUUGUCCUGCUGGCUGCUCAGUUCAUCACCCUUUUCAAUCAGACCGCACUGGAGACUAUGGUGACUCCAAUGACACAGAGGUACUUUGGUUAUGGAGAGCUGGAGAACAGCGUGAUGUACUGUCUCUGUGGUGUCGAGGUGAUCGCUGGCUUCCUGUUUGUGCGCUGGCUGAGUCGGCGUGUUGCUGAGCGGGUGGUCCUGGCCAUCGGUCUGACCAUCUGUAACAUCUCUGGUGUCUGGUGCCUCAUCUUCUUGGCAAACCCUAUAGGUGGGUUUCCAUGGCAGCUGACGGAGUUCAUCAUUGGAGUGUUUUUGCAGGUUUUAGGUUUGCCAUUUGUAGCUGUGGCUCAGGUUUCCCUUUUCUCCAAAGUUACUGCUGAGAAAACACAAGGUUUCAGUCAGGGAGUGCGACGGUCAGUGGGAGGUCUGGCCACCAUCCUGGGCCCUCUGUGGGCUGGUGGUCUCACAGAGAACAUGUACAUCAUGAUGGGGGUGAUGAUGGCACUGCUGGCUAUGCUAACGUUGAUGCUGGCUUUUUCAUAUGAGCGACUGGUUGCGCCAACUGCAGAAGUACACGAGGAUGACCCUGAGAACUGUGGCCAACCAGCAAUCAGCUGAUACAGAGUGAGAAACAGAAGUGCAUGAUGGGAGUCUCCCAAUCCUGCCCCUGACCGUCCAUCCUCACUUUCACUUUCUGCGUUGGGACCAUCAUGCAGGGUGAAAACACACUCUAGCAGCUCACAUCUCACCCUCUCCUGAGUGCUCACCUGAAGCUUGAACCUGUCAGUUUUUUGGUUGCAGAGGCCGGUUAAAGUACUGAUCUGGUGUAAAUGUAUAUUUCCUAUGGAAAUAUCAAAUCCUGCUGACCCAAUGUGAGCAGACUUUGAAUGAAGACAGAGCUCAUCCUUUCAUGUUCUACACAGAAUACUGAGUUGUGCAUCACACAUUUAGCUUGUUUUUGUGCAUGUGCAAUACGAAUAUUGCAGUUAAAGAAUUGUUCUGUUAAGGAACAUUAUAUAAUAGAUUCAUCCUUUAUGCUUGAGAUAUAUUUUUGGAAAAGACGCAUUCAACAUAUGCAUCAGCUAACUGAAAUAAAAAAUGGUUGACACUAACCAAAGAAAUGUUUUAAUCUGUAAUAGCUAUGUUUUGUAGAAAAGCAGAAUUUAUGGUCCCUUUAAAGGGAAAUACUGAAGUUACUGUUCACCUUCAUGAUAGAUCAUUUAAAUCACAACUUUUCAAAGUCUGAUAGAGCCCUUGUUGACCACAUGGAAUUAUUUACAGAACAAAAUAGGGAGUUUAUUUGUUUUUUCCUUUAGUUGUAUUUCUUCACUUCAGUCCUUGACUGUGUGCUGUGUUAAUACCUUAAAUAUUCUUGCGCCAGUAGUAUGUCAUUUCAAUGUCAAAAUUGUUAUUAACACUAAAGUGGGUUUAACAUUUGAAACGUAGCAGUAAUGUAUUUAUCUUAGGAACACUAAGUGCACAUUGCUUUGAAAUUAAGAUUGUUAAAAAUUAAGAAAGGUUGUUUCACAACAAAAUCUACCAACUAGUCAUUCUUUUUGAUAUUACAAAUAAAAAAUCCAAACCUUGUAUAUUUAAAACACAUCACUUUUAUUAAUCAUGAAUGAAAAACGGCACAUUCUUGCACAUUCUAUACUGAUGUAGGAUCCCUUUUUAACACUAGUGGGCGCUCCAACUCUUUGUAACAAAGCUAAUUCUUCUCAGGACUUUUUGCCCAGCCUUGAUGUGUGCUGUCAAUCUCAGUGAAACUCACAAGGCUGAGCAGUUUGAUCAAUGAAAAAGCUUGAUCAAUAUUUUAAUUUGGACAAAGCUGUAAUAAGAUUAUGUUUAGUAUUUUUUUUUGUAUCUUUUUUUGUUUGUUUGGUUGUUAUGUUUUUUUUUAAACUCCCAAAGACCAGAAGUACUUGGAAAAACAAUGGGUAUUUAUUGUUUAUUUGUUUUAUAUUUAUUUAUAAGUUAUGUUUUUGGCACCUAACAUGUUCAUUAACCUCAUUUACUCAUUGUCACAAUACAAGAUAAAGAUAAGAUAAAGAAACAG